AUGCGACAGUUAUCGCUCGAUGAGAGCGCUCGCUUCCCUCGCGCUUCUGAAGUGAUUCAGAAGGACGUGUUUGUUGACGACAUAGUGUCAGGCGAUAUAUCAGAAGAUAAGGCCCUCGCUCUGCAACAGGAACUAAUUGGCAUAUGUCAGGCGGCCGGUUUCACGCUUCACAAGUGGCACAGUAACUCGCCAGCCAUACUAGCUGCAGUACAGCCCACGAGUUUUCAUGGUGAGCGGCACGAUAAUGUACCAUUCGCAGAGAUGGAGAACGACAUGAAAACCAAAGCGCGCAAACCACCCAGUAUUUGCUUCUACAAAAGUAUUGGAUCUUAUCAGGGCGUGACGUUAUACGGCAACGCAUACACCGAUGCGUACGGUGCUUUCGGGCGCGUCCCGUGCGUCCGCAACCAAGCAUGGGUCCGCUGCCCGCCGCGCGUUUACAACCCGAACGCCCAUUCCUUAAGACUGCCG